AUGCAGGCCAACAAGAAGCAGAAGGCGCUCACGGACGCCAACAUGUACCCGGACACGGACACGCAGUUUGCUGCGACGCACCACGCGGCCAUCGAGCAGCAGAAGCAGAUGAAGCUCCUGAGCUACGCCGACCAGAGCGACGACGAAGGCGAGGAUAACGCAGGCCGCCCACGAUCCAAGUACCUCGUAGGUCUCUUGCAGCUACACUGUACGUACUACGUUCCUUGCUUAAGACCUGUAUCUAUGCAGCGCCAGAUCAAUUGUGAUACAGACUCGAUGAAGGAAAAUGGUGCUAGCAGUUGA